AUGGAUCAGGUGGGCUGGGCGGGAAUGUCCUUGCAUUCUCACCUCCGGAAGGUGGCGACUCUGUGCGUACUGCCCCAGAAGGGGUCGGAUUGCAAUGUACGGCAGAAUUUGACUGCGCCGGGGAGGAAAACAAGCUUUGCGCUGAAUCUCGGCACACGUGACACCAAUACACCAAAAAGUGCAGAGCAAACAAGUUUGACUAAAAUGCAAAGUUGCAAUCAUCAGGCGGCUGACAAAGGCGAAGGUACGCCAGGCAUCCAUUUUGCACAGAACAAGAUUCCACAAGAGUGGUCAGCGCAGGACAGGCAGAACAGCUUGAAGAAGAAAGAUGAUGACACUUCUUCACUGGAUGGGGAGAUGCCGAUUACCACUGUUGAUGGGAAAAUUCUCCAGAUAAUCCCAGUGCCCGACACUCACCCACUGCUGGUUUUCGUCAACCCGAAGAGCGGAGGGAAACAGGGCGAGAGAGUCUUACGAAAGUUCCAGUACCUUCUAAACCCAAGACAAGUCUUCAACCUCGCCAAGGAUGGGCCAAAACCAGGGCUGAAAUUCUUUCAGGAUGUCCCGAAUAUCCGAGUGUUGGUGUGUGGAGGCGACGGCACUGUGGGAUGGAUUCUAGACUCCACUGACAAAAUGCACUUUCCGGUCAAGCCCCCCGUGGCCAUUCUGCCGCUCGGGACAGGCAAUGACUUGGCCCGCUGCCUGAGGUGGGGAGGAGGAUACGAUGGGGAGAAGCUGACAAAGAUCCUGAAAGACAUCGAGGUGGCAAUCCCAACGCUGCUGGAUCGAUGGAGCUUCGAGGUGAUCGAGUCCAGUGAGGAGAAAGGAGAUCCUGUCCCUCACAACAUCAUUAACAACUACUUCUCCAUCGGGGUGGACGCUUCGAUUGCUCAUCGGUUCCACGUGAUGCGCGAGAAGUACCCGGAGAAGUUCAACAGCAGGAUGAAGAACAAGCUGUGGUACUUUGAGUUUGCAACCUCGGAAACAGUCUCUGCCACGUGCAAGAAUCUGCAGGAGAUUCUGGAGAUAGAAUGCUCUGGGACACUCAUCGACCUGAGCAACCUGUCGCUGGAAGGGAUCGCCAUCCUGAACAUCCCCAGCAUGCACGGGGGCUCCAACUUAUGGGGCGAGAACAAGCGAGGAGAGACCAAGCACCUGCCGAACAAAACCAACGCAGCCAUAACCGACCCAGAGGCCUUGAAGUCAUGCGUGCAAGAUCUGAGUGACCGGCUGCUGGAGGUGGUGGGACUGGAAGGGGUGAUUGAGAUGGGGCAGAUCUACGCUGGGCUGAAGAACGCGGGGAGACGGCUGGCUCAGUGCAGCGAGGUCACCAUCAGGACAAAGCGACUGCUGCCAAUGCAGAUCGACGGCGAGCCCUGGGUGCAGCCUCCAUGCACGAUCAAGAUUGCGCAUAAAAACCAGUUGCCAAUGUUGAUGGGUCCUUUCUCAAAGUCGUCCGGAUCGAAAAAGUGAGGUGGCAAAGACACGUGCUCCAAUCAUCAAAUCCUCUGAACCUAGCGGGCUCUUUGUUUCAUUGACUUCUUCAGCCCAUCGGACACCAUGUUACACGAUUUCCAAUUCUAUCUCCACCCUUUGCUUUUUUCGGAGCCUUUCAUCCGCAAGCUCUUCACUUGACAGCUGAUCCCAAGCCCUUCCGUCUACCUUUCACUCCCGUUAAUGCGUUGUCUAGGAAUGUAAGCAUAGCGAUCUACCGCGCUCAUCAAUCCAUUGAAAUUACGAUGCCUUUAUAUUUUGCCCUAACACACUACCCUAUAAUAGUUUGACUUACACUGGCAAAUAUCUGGAGUAUAUUCUAGGAAUCUUGCAUGCAAUUUACAGGUGCUAGCUCAUUGUAUACUCACUGAAGGUUGCUAUUAUAACUGAGAGGCAGCGAUAUCUUGGGAGAAUUUAUUUCAGCCUUUCCGCAAGGGGGUGGAGGGUGAACAGUGGCCAGACAAAUGGAGAGUUACGGGGCUGUCCCACUUGGGCGCCAUUUGCGAGGCAUCCUAAAAAUUGGUUGGCGGGCCGUGACGCGUGCAUGCCGCGCGGUGAGGCGUGGUGGCGCGGCGCCCCAGGAUUCUGGGAUUUUGUACAUUCCAAAAUUUUGGAGCGCCGCACGUCACUGCCUAGAACGCCACGCACCACGCGCGCGGCACGACACGUGAAUGACGGGCAAAUCCCAGUUGAAGUGGCGGGUCGAUCAGUAGAAUGGCCUCUACUCCUGCACCUGUUGCCUAUUGUCCCCAUCAGUAUAAUUGAGAAACGUUAUCAAACCCAGGCGAAACUAGGAGUGGUUUAAUUUCAUCAUCAUGUAUGCACGGCUUAACAGGGAGCGAGGCAUGGGGUGGUGCCUGCUUCACUGGUGGCACUGCCCUGCGAAUGAAACUGAACCAUUUUGAGUCUGAGGACAAAAAUGCUGGAGAAACUCAGCGGGUGAGGCAGCAUCGAUGGAGCGCAGGAAAUAGGUGACGUUUCGGUCGAGACCCUUCUUCAGACAUUCUUCUUCUUCUGAAGAAGAAGGGUCUCGACCUGAAACGUCACCUCUUCCUUCGCUCCAUAGAUGCUGCCUCACCCGCUGAGUUUCUCCAGCAUUUUUGUCCACCUUCGAUUUUUUCCAGCAUCUGCAGUUCCUUCUUGAACAUUUUGAGUCUGGGCUUGGUUGGUGAUAAGAGUUCAUUGUAAUAAACUGAAAGUAAUUCAUUGAUGGAACCCAACUUCCCCCCCCCCCCCCCAUCAAAAUCAGUAAGCCAGGCCUCUUCUGCCUCAAUGACCAGACAGCAUUCACGGACUUCUGAUUACAAUGGUGACCAGGAUCUCUUAACGUUCUUCCCUGCCUGCUUCUCUUUGUUAGCAGAGGUGGAACAGUAAGUAUUGGAUACAAGCGGAACUGGGAAGUGUAAAGACUGGGACACGCUGAGAAGGCAGGAGGGAGGAAAGAGUAUAGAAUCCCCCCCCCCCCCCACCCACCCACCCUCAUAGAGAGGGGGGAAAAAAAGCUGGAAAUCUGAAACAAAAACUGAAAAAAGAAGGAAACACUCAACGGGUCAGGCAGCAUCUGUGGGGAGAGAGAGGGAGAUGUUUCAGUUUGGUUCCCUGUUGCAUAUGAAAUGUGCGCUGUAGUCCCCAUGAGGACCCCACUUGCUCAGGCUGCGGCACAAGUCUGAUUCCCCAUCCCCCACCCAUGGCUAGCUGACUUGCAGGUGGUAAAGAUACUGGGAAGAAGCUUGAUGUAUUUUUGUAUCUGUAUAUUGAGGUAUGUAGAUGAUGGAGUUGUAUAGAUGUGCACACCUUAAACUAUUUUGUAAAUAUAAGAGAAAUAAAAAGCUUCGGAUUGCCAACUGACAA